AGUCGCAGGCAAUAAAGUCAUGUGACAAAUGUAAUAUGGUGGAAAAUUUGAAGAAUUGAUAAAAUAUCGACAUAUCUUCCAAAGACAUUACAUUUUGAUCUUGAUAAAGCAAUAACUAGAUAGAUUUUUUUUCGUAUUCGUCACUUACAUCAAUAUCAACUCUAUUAAAAUGAAUGAAUUUUGGCUUAUUUCUGCUCCUGGAGAUCCUACAUGUCAACAAACUUGGGAACGAAUGAACCAACUAACGCAUAAGCAACAUGGCGUAGCAGAUAAUUUUAAAUUUCACAUUCCCGAUUUGAAAGUUGGAACAUUAGAUGUCUUAGUUGGUCUAUCCGAUGAAUUAGGAAAAUUAGAUAUAUUUUGCGAACAAGUAACCAAAAAAAUAGCGACCUAUUUUGGCGAAGUUCUAGAAGAUCAGAAGGAAUAUUUAGAAGAAAGAUUAUUGGCUAAUGGAUUGGAUCUUGGAACUUAUUUGACAAGAUUUCAGUGGGAUAUGGCAAAAUAUCCCAUCAAGCAGCCUCUAAAGAACAUUGCAGAUAUUAUUGCUAAACUGGUCAAUCAGAUCGAUACCGAUUUGAAGGCAAAGUCUUCGGCCUACAAUAGUCUAAAAGGAAAUUUAAUGUCGUUGGAACGAAAAGCUACUGGUAGUUUAUUAACAAGAAAUAUUGGCGAUUUAGUCAAGAAAACCGACUUUGUUUUGGAUUCUGAAUACCUUACGACACUUUUAGUUGUCGUUCCAAAGGCCAACUACAAUAUUUGGAAUACAAAAUACGAGAAAUUAAGCGAUAUGGUAGUGCCUAGAUCUACCAAUUUGAUAUUUGAAGAUAAUGAACACGGAUUGUAUACGGUCACACUUUUCAAGAAAGUUGUUGAUGAAUAUAAAGCUCAUUGUAGAGAAAAUCGGUUUAUUGUAAGGGAUUUCCUUUAUAAUGAAGAGGAAUUAGCUGCGGGAAAGAAUGAGCUGAACAAGUUAGCAACGGACAAGAGAAAACAGCUGGGGCCGCUAGUAAGAUGGCUUAGAGUGAAUUUUAGCGAGGCUUUCACAGCAUGGGUUCACGUUAAAGCUUUACGAGUAUUUGUCGAGUCAGUUCUAAGAUAUGGUUUACCAGUAAAUUUUCAAGCAAUACUCGUUCGCCCCUUAAAAAAAUCCAAUAAAAAGCUAAGGGAUUUACUUAAUCAGCUUUAUCAACAUCUUGACAAUUCCGCUUAUCCAACUGCUGGUGAUGCUCCAGCUUUAGAUAUUCCAGGAUUAGGAGGCAUAAAUCAGGCCGACUACUAUCCGUAUCUUGUCCAAAGAGCUUCACAAAAACAUCAGCAUCCGUACCAGCUCCAAUUUUAUCCGUUGUAUAAAUAGUAAAGUUAUACGGUAUACCUGAAUAAGAGAAUAAAGGUAGAUAUAGUAUAGCAUUUAUUGUAAUAUCAAUGUUAUAUUGGUACAUUUUUCAUUAUUAUAUAGCACUGUUAGACUAUUACAUUAUAUAAUGUAUAUAAAUAAUGCGAAA